UGGUGGUGCAAACAUGGUGUCUUUGGACACCGAUAUUAACAUGGUUCCCGUCGGCGAGGGUUCGAGCGGCGCCGGUCCUUCAUCUUCAAUAAAGAAACGUAAACGAUUCGAGAUUAAGAAGUGGAAUGCCGUAGCCCUUUGGGCUUGGGAUAUUGUGGUGGAUAAUUGUGCAAUUUGCAGGAAUCAUAUCAUGGAUCUUUGUAUAGAGUGUCAAGCUAAUCAAGCUAGCGCGACCAGUGAGGAGUGCAUGGUAGCUUGGGGUGUGUGCAACCAUGCGUUUCACUUCCACAGUAUCAGUCGAUGGCUUAAGACCCGACAAGUGUGUCCCUUAGAUAACAAUGAGUGGGAGUUCCAAAAGUAUGGCCACUAGAGUUGGAAUGGUGCUAUGGGACUUAA